AUGGAGCACCGAAGACCACGCGAUGCUCUCUCAUGCGAUCGUUGUCGCGCGAAGAAGCUAAAGUGCUCGAAAGAUGCGCCAAUAUGCACUUCCUGCGCCCAUAGCGGCUCGCACUGCCAUUACAGUGGCAAAGUCGCUAGAUCACCCUUGACACGGGCAUACCUCACGGGUGUAGAGAAGCGACUGCACAGUCUGGAGUCUCUGGUCACGCAGUUGCUACCUGGAGUUGAUAUUGAGGACUUGUUGUCAUCUCCAAAUGUGGCUGGCUCUGCACGAUCGGUUCUCAUUCAGUCUCAGACGCCAGAAGUAGCACCAAGCCCCCAGGGCAGCACCCACUCAAGCACACAUGAGCCUGCGUUACCUGAAGCUGUACCCAACAAUGUCGAUGGCUUCAAUUGGCAAGAGGAAGACGUCAAUGUCGAUGGGCUGACUGAUGGCAUGGCAGCCCUGUCAGUCGAGCCUACUGGUGUAGGUUAUCUGGGUCAGUUGCUUCACUCGAAGAGCAAAACACGUGACUGA